AUGCAGGUAGAAGGACACGAGCAUCGUUUAGGACGCGUUGGAAAUUUUCCAUGUUUGCCAUGCGAUGCUUGCGAUCGAUCGAAUCGUGAUGGCAUCUCUUGGAAUCCAUCGUAUCGCGAGGGCUUCGAUUGUCGUGAAUGCGAUUUUAGAGUUCACACAAAAUGUAUUUUCGUGUUCAAAAUCCUAGAGACAUCCGAGCAUCCUUCUCAUGAUGGACACUGUAUUAAACUUCUCACUACGGGGGCUCCUGAUAACAUCGAUCCAAACUGCCAUAUCUGCGGUAAAAGGACCAAGCGCCUGCUUUAUCAUUGUUCCAGCUGUAAUCUCAAUUUGGACAUCCAUUGCGUGGUUGAUGCCUUAUCCCAUCUGAACAUUCCGUGGCACCAUCAUCCUCUGCUCAUGCUUGACGUUGGUGAUGAUAUGCUCUGCGCAGUUUGUGGUAAGCCUGGCGGAUAUGGCUACUGUUGCCCUCUUUGUUGGUUGGUGGUUCAUGAGGAAUGCAUCUCCGUAUUUGACUCACCAGAGAUCACUGAUCAUUCUUAUCAUGCCAGACACUCUCUCAAGCUUCUCACCGAAGGAGCUCCUGCCUACACUGAUUUGAAAUGUCAUAUAUGUGGAAGAGACACUGGAAACUUCCUUUAUCAUUGUGAUAUAUGUAAGUUCAACAUGGAUAUGGUUUGUGCGACUUACACUUCCCUACCAAUGGCUCUUUCAAAGAUGAAGGUCCACGACGAGCAUACACUCGCGCUCAUCCCAAGAUUGAUAUCCUUCAUUUGUGAUGCUUGUGGGGAGAAAGGCGAUCAUUCUCCCUAUGUUUGUCUUCAAUGUGAUAUCAUGUUCUUCCAUCAAGGAUGUGCUCGUUUGCCACGUGUUAUUCAUGUUAAUCGCCACGAUCACCGAGUUUAUUACAAGUAUCCUCUUGGUCUUGGAGAAUGGAAGUGUGAGAUGUGCAACAACGAAGGACGUGUGGGAUGGGGAAGAGCUUGA